CCUGCUUGAGUUUGCAGUUGAGUGCGCCAGGGCAACACGGCUGUAUUAUAUAACUUUAAUGUAGGCUACUCACGGGUUUAAUGGCGCAAGAGCAGAAUAUCGCGCCGCAGAUCUGUGGAUUCAUUGCGGAAUUAUCCUGAACUCGAGUGCAAGUGAGCGAUUGAUCACUUUUCCCUCCUACUGGCGACGUGCGUUAAAAGUUAUCGACAGAUCGGCGGCACGGCGCACUCGGUGGAUCCCGUCAGCUUCAGACAGGUCGGCGUCGUUGUUGACUUUAGUUAAAAAAUAGUUGCUAUUGCAGACGAUGUUUUCCUUCCGUGCGAGGAGAGGGGUGACAACGAAUCCAUUUGACAUUUCACCACGCAACAUUACAGCAAGGAAGGUGUUUUAUUUGAGUGUGUGACUCUGGGGACAUUGCGUUAUUUCUCACAAUUUUUCCAAGUUGGACUGACAGGAGAUGAGAUAACCGGCGGAACACAUCGUUCUUUCACUACAGGAUAAAGAAAUGGAUCAGGGUGGACUGAAGCGCAACGGUAAUCAAGACGACAGCCUGACAUUUGGGGAGACAGGAUCCGGAGUAGGCAGGGAAACGGGUGACACAGCUGGUUUACUGCUCCAGUCUGCAGGGCACCUGCUCGGUCCCAGGUCUAUGCCCCAGCCCAUAGUGGUCCCGAAUGGACAUGGUGUAACCAAAGACCAAGGGAAACUUGGAGGCCUCUUUGAUUCUCCUCAGCAUCACAUCCAAUGUGAGGGCUCAGACAUGAAGGAGGGUAAGAUCACCAGAAUGCAGAAACAACACCAGGAUAGCGGUGUAUUUAACAUUGAGGACAACCUGCCGUUGUUGAAACAGAAUAUUUCCAAUCUCAACAGUCCGGCCCGCUCUGUCAUCAGCACCUCAGUCUCCUCUAUCCUGGGGAAUCUCCCUCUGCCUGAUCUUUUUCCCCAACACAUCAAGCAGGAGGGACAUUUUUCUAUGGAUAAAGACUUGGAAAAUUACAGCUGUCACACUGAUUUAGAUGAGAAAGGCAGUCGCCUAAUGGAGGAUACUGAAAUUUGGCAAGACCUGGACCUUCCUAAUUCUCUGCCAGAAAUUAGCGAUUUUGAGUUGGAUUCAGAAGUGGCACACUUGGAUAACAUCCUACAUGACAGCAGGGGUGGAGGCGGUCCUGUCAGCGGCUUGCUAAAAGAAACAAAGCCUCUGGUGGGUAACGGAGUAAACUGCAACAAUGUGAACGGCACGGACCAGCAGCACCAGCCCAUCCACCAUCAGCAGCAGCAGCACCACCUUCUACAGCACCAGCUCCAUCUCCAGCCUGCAUCUCUGCUCUCCAGCGUUAUGAUCAAGGAGGAGAAGGAUCCUGACGACUCUUUCAUUCACAUCCGUACUCCUGGUGUUGUGAAACAGGAGAAGCAGGAGAAUCCAGGGUUCUGCCAGUCGCAGUGUCUGCAGAGCAGCAUGAGCUCUCUCCAUGGAGGAAGCUCCAUGUCUUCCCCUAUGGACGUCGGUGCAGGAGCUUCGUACCUAUACAGAGCCAACCCAUCCUCCACAGUGGGCCUACAAGACCAGGAGCCUUUUGGCAUGUACUCAAACCUGCCUCUGGUGGGGGAGACCUGGGCCAGGGGGAACCGGUUCGGAGAGUCGUCCGGGUUGCAGAGGGGUGACGACGGACUCCCCUCCGCUGCAGCCUUGGCAAGUUUUUCUGUCAACUUCUUAAGCUCUUCACCCAGAGCAGGAGAGACCGGCAAUUCUUCAGUGUCGGGCCAAUCCAAGCCCAAUGGACAGACUCAUAAGAUCUGUUUGGUGUGUUCAGACGAGGCCUCAGGGUGCCACUACGGGGUUGUUACCUGCGGCAGCUGCAAGGUGUUCUUCAAGAGAGCCGUCGAAGGAUGGAGAGCACGACAAAACACAGAUGGCCAGCACAACUACCUGUGUGCGGGGAGAAAUGACUGCAUCAUUGAUAAGAUACGGAGGAAGAACUGUCCAGCUUGCCGCUUCAGGAAAUGUCUUCAAGCCGGAAUGAACUUGGAAGCGAGGAAAAACAAGAAGCUGAUCAAGAUGAAGGUGCAGCGGCCUUCUGGACCCUCAGAGCCCACCAGCAACAUGCUUGUUCCGGGCAUCCCCAGACCCAUCCCUCAGCUCGUGCCCACCAUGCUGUCUGUGCUGAAGGCCAUUGAGCCAGAGAUCAUUUACUCGGGCUACGACAGCACUCUGCCGGACACCUCUACGCGGCUCAUGACCACUCUCAACAGGCUUGGGGGGCAGCAGGUCAUCUCUGCAGUCAAGUGGGCCAAGUCACUGCCAGGCUUCCGCAACCUGCACCUGGAUGACCAGAUGACAUUGCUGCAGUGCUCAUGGCUCUUCCUCAUGUCCUUCAGUCUGGGUUGGAGGUCGUACGAGCAGUGUAACGGUAGCAUGCUCUGCUUCGCCCCUGAUCUCGUCAUCAACAAAGAACGCAUGAAGCUGCCCUUCAUGACCGACCAGUGCGAGCAGAUGCUGAAAAUCUGUAAUGAGUUUGUCAGACUGCAGGUGUCCUAUGACGAGUACCUGUGCAUGAAGGUCCUGUUACUGCUUAGCACAGUACCGAAAGACGGCCUGAAGAGCCAGGCGGUGUUUGACGAGAUCAGGAUGACGUACAUCAAGGAACUGGGGAAAGCUAUCGUCAAAAGAGAGGAGAACGCUAGUCAGAACUGGCAGCGUUUCUACCAGCUCACUAAGCUACUGGACUCAAUGCAGGAGAUGGUGGAGGGUCUUCUCCAGAUCUGUUUCUACACCUUUGUGAAUAAAACCCUCAGUGUGGAAUUCCCGGAGAUGCUGGCAGAGAUCAUCACCAACCAAAUACCAAAAUUUAAAGAUGGGAGCGUCAAGCCUCUGCUGUUUCAUCAGAAAUGACUGCCUUAAACUGUGAAGCAAUGCCUUAAAUCCUGCCCUGACCACGAACCUCUCAUGGGGCCCCAAGUUUUCGACCCCAGGCCCUAAACCUUCUCUUGUCCUGCCUCUCCCAGCACUCGGAUUUGAUUCCUCCGUUUUCCCAGGCCCUUUAGGAAUUCAUCCACGCCCCUCAAGGCCUCAGCCGGUCAACCUUAUAUCGGAGCACAAUCCCUCGCCUCCCAUCGCCUCACGCCUCCCCAUGUGGUCCCAGGUCGGGCCAAGCUACUGUGGGCAACCCUACCACCGACCUGAAGCCCUUCCUUUUGGCUAACCAAGAAGAAAAUGUCAUACAGGGGAAAUAUGUUGGCGUUGAAUGUCUCAUGGGCAGGAUGCAUUUUGGGAAUCUAUUUUCUAUUUCAUUUUUCCAGGCCCCUCCUCCGUCCAUGGCCCUGUCCUCAGGUUUUUAAUGCAGUUUCUUUUGGUGGCCGCCCGCCUCUUACCCUCUCCUGCCUCCAGUUUUGUAUUGUUGUUUUUAAUGACAAGCCAAUAUCUAGAAAGUCCUUUUCCGCCCUCAACACGACACCUCAUAUUGUGUCCAACUUGUUAGAUUAGCAGCAUAUUGAAGUACGAGUUCAAGCCUACAGUUCCUCUGCUCACCUGCCCACAUGUCUCUGUUUGUGCCCCCCCCCCCCCCCCCCCCCCAGCUCCACUGUGCAGAGAAUGUAGUACGUGUUCACUUGUUGUGGUUUCUACUGAUUCUUUGGCCAUGAAGGGGAUUAACAUAAACACAGACAAAUGACUGUAGAAGCAUACUCUAACAUGAGAACAUCUCUUCUUCUGGACUAAAGGACAUUAAGGACAAACUGCUUUCAGCUGGGAAUCAUUAAUCAUUACUGAAAUGAUUUGAAUCAGAUUUAUAUACCUGACCAAUGAAAGAAAAUAACUGGAAUAUUAUUAUAUAUAAUAUUCAUUUAUUUUAUGCAGACACGCAUUUCUUACCACAGAUGCAGGCCAUGCUUACAAAUGCACAACAUACAACAGUAUUUGCAGACACACAUUCACUUAGCAAAAUGUUUACACAGGAUGUAUCUGAGAAGGGAAAAUCAGUGCCUUUUAGCUUUUAAAGCUCUUCAUAGCCAUCCUCUAUAAACCACGUUUUUGCUUUUUGCUUAACUAUCUACCUUGACAAAUGUCCACAUAUUAUUUCUGUUUUCGUUUUUCCACGCUGGCAAUUUCUGUUUCCUUUCCAAGCAGCUGUUUUCUGUGUUUUUGGUGUGGGCAGCUCUCAUUGUUUUGAUCCUCAGACGUACCCCCCCGAUGUGGGCUCCUUUAGGAAGACAGCCUAUUGUACAAGUUAGAAAUACUCAGAGCAGUAUGAAAUAUGAAGAUUUUAUAUUUGAAUGUCAUAAGAAAGUUUAAGAAUCACAGAAAAUAGACAGGGAAACUAUCAAAACAAUAUUUAAGUCCCAAAACACAUUAUGUGUGUCUCUUUUUCCCAUGUAAAGUAUAUUUGAUUAAUAUACUGCAUCUCCCAAUCAGUUACUUAAAGUUCCAGUAAACAGAAUAUGUCAGCAGAUAUAAUGUUAAAUACAAUCCAAGUUCUUUAACAAGGUUGUAACGAUCUUCAACCCCAUCGGUGCUAAAUGGACACCACUGGAAUUAAACUAGGCAUAUCUGAUGUUUUAUAAUAUUUAGGGUUCAUUUAAAUCAAAUUUGUUUACAAACCUUUGCAAUUUAUUCAGAUGCAAUCACACAGGUGGGGUUUUAAAAACUAAAUUGCCUGAAAAAGAACACCCAAGGCGUCUGUGUGUUAGUAAAUAGCCGUCAUGAUUCAAGCGAGCCUGAUUUAAAUUAAAAUUGUCCUUUCUUUCCCGGCUGCAUAUACUUACUUUCUCGUUUAGUAAAUGGUUUCAUACAACUUUACUUUUAAAUGUGGUUUUAUUGACUUACCUGGUCAGACUGCCUGUUCCCACUACCAGUGAUCACAGGAAGGUCAAAAAGGAAAGAGUUCACGGUGUGUUUUAUAAAAUGAUUACUAGACUGGUUGGGUUUUCAAAAUAAGGUACCAUGAAAACAGUAAGUACUACACCGUGCUCAAACCUCAGAAGUACUGAGAAGUGACAUAAAUGACUUUAUCAUAUAUUAAUUCAGGUAAACAAAAAGCAUAUUAUUGUUGACAAAAGUACUGCAUUUCACUCUAAAUAGCAUUUUAGAUUAAAUAUAACCUUCAUCUCAAAUAGUUUGCACAAACAGGAAGUGGGGUUAUUAUAAAGUAGUUUAACUCAACACGAUUAAAAGAUAAUUCAAUUCCAUACAUAAUUAUAUUUUUUUUGUAUAUGAGAUAUAGACAAAUAAUAUAUAAAUAGACACCCAUAAUAUAUGGAACCUCUGUUCCCAGCACAGGAUUUCACCUCUAAAAUUGAGAUAUUUUUUGGGAAGAAGAUGCAGUUUGAUCCAAAUAAAGUGAAUCAAAGCUCAGGCUGAGUGACUACAUCACUUGGAUGUGUUCCACUAGUGCCAAAUGUUAUAUCACAUUUUGAUAUGUCUUUUCUGGAGAUGUGUAGGAGUGAUUAAUCAGUUGGGAGACAACAACACUUGUUUUUUUUUUUACCUUUGCUUCAGGGCGCUCAGAUGUUCAGUGUCACACCUACACCAGCUUAAACGUACUGAUUGUUAUCGUCCAAGUUAAGUAUAUGAUGGACUUUUUUUGGAGAUGCACAAUAUAUUGUAUUUUUGAAAUUGCAAGGUCAACAGUAAUAUCUUCUACUGUUAAGCGGGUGGUGGUCAGCAUUUAAUACAUUUGUAAUGUGAAAACAUGUUCAUACCAGCUUAUGUGAUGGCCAAAGCAAAACACACACACAGUGCAGUUGUUCAUUGGCUUCGGCUAAAAGCUCAACCACAACCCCCCCCCCCCCCCCCCUCAUCUAUUUUCCUCAAUGUUUUCCUGCCUAAAAUGUCGACCGUAUAGAUUUUCAGCUGUUCACUCUGCACGGUACUCAUCCCUCUGCUGCACAUAACUCCGAAUGGCAGUUAACAGACCAGGUAGCACGUUGCCAUAGAGACCGGUCAUUUGUGUGUUACUUACAGCUAACAGCACAGCAGACUCUGGACAAGCCACUAUUCAAUAAAAGCCAUCACGUUUUUAAUCAGCCAUUCUGCCAGAGGAUGGUUACUGUCAGCAGGGUUGUUUCGUGUACAGUGCAGGCUUUCAGCUUUACUCGUAAACUCUCGUGGCCUUUUGCUGUGAAGAACACGGGCUUGUGCCGCUCACGUUAAUGUGGAUUAUUCCGGGGAAGAUUUGACUAAACUGUCUAUUUGGUGACUUGUGCAUACAGUAUUAGAGAUGUUUCCAGAUGGGUGCUUCAGAAAAACCAGCUUUAACAUGUAGACCUAACCACAUCCCUGCUCAUCUCUAAAUGGCCAUAGGUGUAUAUAGCAGCGCCGACAUAUCCAGUGCAAUGUAAACAGUGUCUAUUAUUACAAAAUAUUUUUACAAGGACAUUACCUCUAUACUCCUAUACAUUUUUAUUUUACCUUUCAACUACAUGUAAAGGCCUUGCGAAAGGGAGACAAAGAGCCAUAUAAAUAUAAUUUCAAAUCAGGAAAUAGAUAAACCCCUAACAAAUAUCAAUGCUUUGGGAAAUUGAUCUAGUGUAAAAAAUAUUUUCUGCAAUUUUGAAUAGAUCAACCUGAUCCUCUUUGAUAGGAAUAAUUUUACCCAAUCCUUUUUGUACAUUGAACAAAUCGAGAAAGUAAAUAUUUUUCUGUUUGUUGGUUUGUGUUUGAUAAAGGUAGACGUGUUAAAUACAUUAGGAAGUGUUAAACAUGUUUGUCUUGUGAAGUAAAUGUAAAUUCUACGAGUCAAUGGGAAAGUCUAUAUGAAUGCUCACUGUGUUUUAAAGUUAUACGGAAACGAGGUAGAGGGAGGGAGGGAGGGUGAGGCAGACUGGAGGAGGUUUUUGCGUUAUAUAAGAGUGACCAAAGCAGAGGAGAGAAAAAAAAGAUUUAUCAAACAAGAAGUAUUCAAGCAGUUACAUUUUAAGUAGCACUUAUUAUUGAACUUCUAGUACUUCUUAUUUUAUUUCGAAGAUAUCUUUUGUAAAGGUCCAGACUUUGGAUCCCAUGUAUAUUGCUGUGAGGAUUUACUGGUCACUUUAAAAUAGAAAAAUGAGACAAAAAAAAGUUUAAUCUCCGUGUGAAAGUAAAUCUACCAGAGCCUGACGGAAUUGCACUACCCUCAUACUGGUUAAUAAAGUCUAUUUUGUAUAAAAUACAUGCAAAUAUUAUCUUUAAAGAUUAAGGGCAGAUCAUGAUUCACUGGUACAUAUGGCUAUGGCUUUCAUUGAAGUCUGUUUUGUUCGUAUUUCAGUUAUGUAAAUGUAAUCCAAUGUAAAAACAAACAAAAAAUAUAAAAUGUUUGUUUAAAAAAACAAUAGUUUGUUUUACUUCUGUAUUACACCUCUUCUGUAGUCAGUGUCAAUAUUUUCACCUAUUUGAUUAAAUGUUGAAUUAAGUUAUCUGUGUUGUUCUUUGACAUUGGAUUUGCCAUUGUGUUGGGAAACUGCUUGGAUGAUGUUUUUGUCAUCACAGGUUGAGAGUGCGAGUCGGAAAAACUGAUUUCUCUUUAGUUCAAACAUCUUACACAAUAAAGUUCCCAGUUUUUCAAAGCUCA